AGCUUGAAUGAAUUAAAGUGAAUGGAAUCAGUGAUGUGCAAGCUUUGCUUGGCUCAGAUUGCUCUCAGUUUCGUUAUUCUUUGGUUUGGUAGAGCUAUAAGCUUAUUCUCGAUAGUUUACUUUCCAACAGAAAAGAUAAAAGCCUACUAUGGACGGAGCAAAUGACGAUUUUCGGCCAAUGACGACAUCAUCUUGUUGCGAGAGGUCAUGGCUAAUGAUCCAUACUCCUCAGCUGAACCUGGAAAGAAAUGGGAUGAAACUGCAGACGCAACAGAACUCCAGGGUCUGAGUGGGCGACGCUGCAGGGAAAAAACAUCCCUUUUGUUGACCUACUACAAGAAAGAAGAUGCAGAGGCGCUGAAGAGAUCUGGCACGGAAGAGGAGAUGGAGGAGAAACAUCAACUCCUUCAAGAAAUCAAAGAGCUUCAGGAGGAGCAGGUUACCAGACUUGAGAGUGAAAACAAGAAAAAGGAGAAGCAGAGGAAAAUCGCAGUGGAGAUAAGAAAGGCGGCUUUGGAAACAUUGCCUAAGAAACGUACAUCCGAUGAAAGCCAGAUUAGCGACUCUGAUUCUGACAACAACGCCACACCCAGGAAAGCAAGAAGAUCUUCGUCGUCCUCAGAUCUGAUGAUGUUUCUUAAGUCGAAGGCAGAGAAAGAAAUGUCACUGAAGGAGCAGGAGAUCAAAUUGAAGAGUGAACAACUGGCAUUUGAGAAAGAAAAGUUUGAACUAGAAAGAAAAGAAAGGGAAAAGAAAAUGGAAGCGGAAAGUGAGGAAAGAAAGAUGAUAUCAUAA